AUGUACCUAACAACCACGAAAUCCAAUUAUAAUACACGUUAAUUGAAAUGACCGUUAAUCUUUAAAACGGCUGGGUCGAUUUUAAUGGCAGUUUCAUGGACUGAGCGCUGACGUAUAAAUAGUAAGUUAGGCUACUAAGAAAUACACAUCGCGUCUUUGUCCCCGAAAUGGUAAGCAGUACCAGGGGACCCACUUGACACCAUGUGCGUUUCAUCCCAUAAUGUGAUUGAGGGGGCAAGCAUAACGCCAUCUUUGGCAAAAAAUCCAGACGCCGCGCCGGGCUGAUUGAUACUGUGUGAAACGACCUGGGACCUCAGAUCAAUGAUGUACAGCGCAUACACUACUUUGUACUCUUAAAAUAUUGAAAGCAAGAAAAUUUGGACAAAUUCGUGUUUCCUUUGAGCCUCGCACUUCGAGAAUAGACUAUAAACAACGCGAGUGGAAAUGCGGUUAAAAGCUAUUUGAAAAUAUGUUACGCCUCAUAUCUCUAGUAGGAUACUAGGAAAGUGUAACGUGGUGUACUGGGUUCAAGGCUCUGCUUAGGAUAUUUACAUUUUGUGAAGUAUCAGAUGCGAAGAUAGACACGCCUUGUGUUGCCAUGAGUUAUGUGUCCAAUAUCCAUUUCACGAUGCGAUACGAGUGUUAUCGCUAUUAAACCACAUAGAAUACAAACAAGAAAAUCCUUAUUACUCUUAUUAAUAUGUAUUUUUCUCUUUCUUUUUAUUAUGCGCCUGUCUCCGUCCUCUCUACGCUACCCUAGGUUGACUGGGAGAGUGCCCAUGGCAUUAAGUCCGCCUAUAUACCAUGAGUAUAAAGUAUAAAUUAAAAAAUCCUUCGAUAUGUUUCAACAACUGGAAGGCACCAUGAUAGCACGUCAACAAUACCAACAUUGCCCAGAACUAAUUUCUAUUAUCCAACCUGGUAAUCAAACUUUAAACCUAACGAUUGGCGUUCCAAAUACGCUGCCCCUGGAUCAGUGAAGCGAAUUGAUUAUUUCCCGACAAAUAUUGAUUGUUUCCCAAAGGUAUUAAGUCUAAUAAUUGUAUGAUAAUACAGUUGGCUGUUGCGGUCAGACCUAGCAGUACAAGUUACAACUAUGUACUAUAUAUUUGUUUUACUUUUACCGUAUGGUAAGUUUAUAUUUGAUUAUAACAAAAUAUAAUUUUAUACAGUUUUUACGCAAAAAGUGCCAUCUAUCGACAUGCCGCGGAUACAUAUUCGUUUUCGCCUUUUUUUUUAUUUAUUUCUAUUCGCUCUCGGGCUAUUUGAGUUUUAUUUUAUUAUUAUUUCUAAAUUUAAAAACAAAUAGCAAGUUAUACUUAAGGAACCAGAUGUUUUCAGUAUUAUGACAAUCGUAAUACCCAAAGGCAUUAAAAGUUUAAUCGGUCUCGGUUUGACUCCAGACACAUAUGGCAGUCCUACACUACCCAGAUACGGGUUCUCAAUUCGUGUGAUUGUAUUUUUUUUAUAUGAAGUCUUUUGUGGACUGGUUUAGACCUAUUAUACCAUAAUUUAACCAUAUUGCCCAUGUUAGUGUCAGCUGAGUACAAAGACUUCGUGUGCGAGGUGCGCGUGAAGGUGGAAGGUGGGUGGGUGUGCGGAGUCACGCGCCAGUCCACCUCCGGCGUGGAGUACGACAGCUUCCGAGGUAUACCGUACGCGCGGCAGCCGCUAGGGGAGCUGCGGUUCAAGGAGCUGCAACCGGUAGAGCCGUGGCCACACCAUCUAGACGCGACCAAGGAAGGUCCAAUAUGUACUCAAACCGACGAGAUCUAUGGCUUACAGUUUCAGCCGCAUCAGGGCAUGAGCGAGUCGUGUAUAUACGCCAAUAUCCACGUUCCUCGCAAAUCUCCAGCCGAGCAACACGAGGCUGACCAACAUGAGGCUGGUCUGCCGAUACUGGUGUUCAUCCAUGGCGGUGGCUUCCAGUCAGGCUCUUCAAACCUGGACAUGCACGGGCCUGAUUACCUCAUCAGUCGCGGGAUCAUUGUUAUCACCUUUAAUUAUAGACUAAAUGUCUUCGGUUUCCUAUCUCUGAAUACAUCAGAAAUACCUGGAAAUAAUGGUUUACGGGACCAAGUGACGUUUCUACGCUGGCUCCAGAGAAACGCGAAAGCAUUCGGCGGGAAUCCUGAAGAUGUCACCUUGAGUGGACAUAGCGCUGGGUCCACAUCCGCCCACCUUCUCUCCUUGUCUCCGGCCACCAAAGGACUUUUUAGGAGGGUCAUAUUAAUGAGCGGGACAGCAUUCCCGAGCUAUUACAGUCCGUCGCCGAUAUACGCCCGGCUAGUCGCCACGAUGUUCCUCACCAGACUUGGCAUCAACACCACUGAUCCUGUCGCCAUUCACAAACAACUAGUUACCAUACCUAUUGAGAGAAUAGUUGAAGCCAAUCGAGUUGUACAAUACGAGACUGGCAUAGUCACCUUCGUUCCAGUCGUGGAAGCCAAACACCCAGGAGUCACAAGGAUCAUCGAAGACGAUCCUGAAGAGCUUGUAAAAAGAGGAAGAGGUAAAGAAUAUCCUCUCAUUAUAGGCUACACUACCACGGAGUGCGAGGUGUUUAAAUGGCGUUUGGAUUAUAUCAAAAUGCUGGAUCGUAUUGAAAAGAAUCCACUGUUAAUCUUGCCUCCGAAUUUGAUAUUCUCAGUACCUCCGACCGAAGGUCUAGAGCUGGCCAGAAGAGUGCGCAUGAGAUAUUUCCACGGGAAACCCACCUUGGACGAAUACAUAAUCCUUUGCACAGACGAAAUAUUUAAACAUGCUGUUUACAAAUUGGCACAGUGGAGGUCAGAAUCAGGGGCUCCCGUGUUUUUGUAUGAAUUCUCCUACGAGACUGAGUUUAACGUUCUUGCUAAAGCGUUAUUUCUGGACGAGUAUAAGGGAGCUACACACGGUGAGGAUCUGAGUUUAGUCUUCAGAUCUACUGCCUUGUUAAGGGAGAAAGGCGCGUUACUUCCGACGGACAAUCGCAUGAAGGAUAAGAUGAUCACGUUCUUCACAAAUUUCAUGAAGUGCGACGAUCCAACGUGCAGCAAGGACAUUACAACUUCUCCGUGGCCUCCAGUUUUCAAUAGCCACGUGUUAAACUACCAGGUCAUUAACAACCCUGGUGAAUACCACAACAGGGGUCCCACGCAUGAACAGUGGGACAUGAUCAAAUUCUUCGACAGCCUAGAGAGCAGCGUAAACACAUCGAAGAUGGAAAGUAAUCCUACCAUGGAAGAAAACGACAUCCGCUAUCCACACUGAAUCAAUAACCAAUCAGUUAUUAGACUUACAUUAAUUGAUUCUCGUGAUGGUUGGUGCACGACCAUUGCAGGAUUCUUGAGAAUUUUGAUGAUAAGUAAUUUUUAAACCGAUAAGAUAUUUUGCCUGAAAUUAUAUUAUUAUACAAUAUGCAAUAUAUAAUUUGGAUAUUUUACUUUGCUACGUCACUUGUUAAUGAUAAUAGGAGAUUUGUAUGUUUCGAUUAUAAUUGUUAAUAGUAAACGCUAAAUGGAUUACGAUGUAUUUGGACACACAGAUAGACUAUGUCUAGGAUUUAUUUAUAUUAGACAAAUAUUUAUGUCAAGAUUUUAAGCAGGCUGAAUAGCUAUACCCUAAGGUAUAGCUAUUCAGCCUGCUUAAAAGUAAUCUGGGCGGCUCAACGCCUGUUCGUAAGCCACGGUGAUUCCAACGUAACCGCUCAGUCGCCCCCCAGGAAGGCUGGUCGUCGUGAGACACUUUCUCCGCGAAACCAAACAAAUUCUGAACCGCUAACAUCACUUAUUUAGAUGAUAAGUAGAGUUUAGCCGCUCUAUUACGCGCAAUAUUUUUGGUUAUAUUUUAAUUCCUUACUUAUGAGCUUGUUUAUGCCAUUGCUUCACUGUUCCGUGACUUUUUUAAUGAGUAUUUAUAUUUAACUUUAAACUACCAUCAAUUUAGUAAAUUAUCUUAUUGUAUAUUCAGCGUUUCGUUUAGUUUAAGUUAUACUUAAACAUACAUUCUAAAAUAAGUGAAUGUAGUUUAGUUUUUAGCAAUAAAUAUCUGAAACCCA